AUGGUACCCGGCGGAUCGUCAUUCGAUGACGGCUGUCCUUCAGAUGCUAGAAGGAGACGGAUGAAGGUCUCUCGAUGCUGCCGAACCCGUUUUCUUCGGCGGGUGAUGGGAAGAUGGAAGGGGUAG